UUGGACACUUCAAAGCUGACAACUAUCGCAAGGUGGAUCCACUGGAUUUGGUCCCCAGUGUCCUGAGGAAUUCUAAUCUGUCACUACGGCCCUGACGUUGUUGUGAAUGUCUCCAGUCCGCGACAAUAUCAGUGCUCUUUUGUUUAUUCGGUGAAUAAGUGAAUUCGAGGAAUUCAUGGAGCAGUUGUUGAUACAUCAAUAGUUAAUGCCGUGUAGGUACAUCGUGACUGGAUUCCACCUACGUCAGAGUGUCCACUUCCAAUACAUAAAACUGAAGCAGCAGAGUAGGAUGAUGAAGGCGAGUGUAUGGGUUUGGAAAAAGAGGAGAGUGAAGCAAUGGAGAUGGAAAUACUGAGGAAUUGAGUGAGUGAAUGAGAUGGCGACGAUACAAAACAGCGAGAAACUCAAGGAGGGAAAAUGCGAUGUGUUGGGGCACAAUCUCUGGCAGUUUGCAUUGCGAGAGCGCCAGUUUGAGACUCGCGGUGAACCGCGAAGGGUGGGACUAAUACGGAGCAACGCGUGGCGACUGCAUCUCUCAAGAUGCAACGAGUCCCCUCGUCAGUUCGUACAGUGUAACGAUUUUUUUAUAGGUUUUUUUUAUAUUUGUGCAGAGGUGAGCAACAUGUGAGCAUUUCAGAGCGAUCGGAAAGGCGAAUAUUUUCCAGGGAUUAUGAAAUGAAAUGAGUACUUGGCUGACGUGCCAGCCAUCGCCACUCACUCUCCACCGAAGGCACCCAAUCGUGUGCGAAUGACACAAAAGAGAAGAAAAAAAAUUCAAUACAACGUACAUCGUUAGCUCACAAUCGUGCUUUGAACAUUAUCUUUAAAUGGAUCGUGACACUUGAUCGUCACUGCUGUCCAUAAAUUUUAAGUUCACAGGGAAUCAUUGCAACAUCCAAUGUGUAACGUUGGUUAAAGAGUGAGACACCCUGUAAUUGUGUCCUCCAAUCGUGUGCAACACCAAUCAGAGGUCGUACUCGGGUGAAAAAAAAAAAAUAAAACUCAGAAAAUAAUUUCAUGAAUGACCGGAUUAAAGAGCAGGAGACCUUUGUGGAUGUUUAUACAUUGAGACAGUGAUGCGAAUUACACUAAUGAACGAACUCGAUUGAACAGAGGAAUAAAAAAAUAUUAAUCAAUCAGUUGUGAGAGAGGGCCCAGCGAGAGAUUGAAUUGAGCUCGUGGAAUUGAAAGAUGAUUUAUCAGUCGACUCAUCAAUCCCCGACGAUGUCCUCCAGCCGAAAAACAUCUCCACGUCCUCAGCACCGCAAGUUUCAGUCGAUGGCUGCUAAAUCAUCGGUGUCUUCUAACUCGAGGUCCAAGAGGGAUUGCGACAGGCCAGCGGAACGCUGCCGGGGUAGAUGUCGUGUUCAGUGGAGUGAGAAACAUGUCAAAGAGGGCUUGGUGCUUGUUCAGGAGUCACAGCUUGCAAGAGUCGUUAAGACUGGCCCUAUUGCCGAACAUUAUGAGAUUGAUCCUAAACCAUUUGCCAGCGGCCAAUGGGCUAAAGUGUAUCGCUGCAGAUCGCGCUCAACGGGUACCCUCUAUGCCGCCAAAUACUCGUCCCGUAAUCGAUUCAACGCCGAUUGCAGUGCAGAAUUGCGUCACGAAAUAGCACUAUUAUCCCUGUGCUCCCAGUCUCCACGAGUUGUUCGACUCCAUGAUGUCUACGAAACACCGAAGGAGAUUAUCCUCGUCAUGGAAUAUGCACCCGGUGGAGACCUGCAGACCCUCAUAGACGGUGACUUGGUGCCACUGGAAGGCGAUGUCGUGCAUUUCGUGAAGCAACUCGUGGACGGACUCGCCUACCUCCACGAGAGAAAUAUCGCUCAUUUGGACAUCAAGCCUCAGAACCUCGUGAUGAUGGGGAGUUUCCCUGAGUGCGAUGUCAAACUCUGUGACUUUGAGAUAUCAAGGGUAGUGCUUGAGGGAACGGAAGUGCGGGAGAUUCUGGGAACACCGGAUUAUGUUGCUCCUGAAAUUCUGCACUACGAGCCAAUAACCUUGGCUGCAGACAUGUGGUCUCUUGGCGUAACUACUUACGUACUGCUCACUGGAUUCUCCCCCUUCGGUGGUGAGACAGAUCAAGAGACUUUUCAGAAUAUAUCCCUGGGGGAGGUGGAUUUUCCGGAGGAACUCUUUGAGGAUAUUUCGGCGCAGGCGAAGGACUUUGUCGCCAGUCUUCUCGUGCUUGACCCAAGUGCACGGAUGUCAGCGAAGCAAUGUCUGCGCCACGAGUGGCUCCGAGGAGCCCCGACCCAAGCGUCCCCUCACCUCCGCAAAUAUCUUUCGAAAUCCCGUGAGGUGCUCCUGGAGCGUGUGGUGAGUCGUGAAAAUCUCCGGCGAGCGGCUCUUCUGAGCCAAGCCACCAGUCACGCCAAUCUGGCUGAAGCGACAGUGGACCCUGGCUUCAGCAGUCACCUCAGCCAAAGCGAGAUGUGCCUGAACCUGUCGCUAACAGGAAGUCGAGGAAGUCUGACAAGCAGCGAGUGCUACAUGAGUCCUGCUGACUCCCAGACUAGCCUGGCCUCCUCCCAGAAUAGUUUGGCAACAAGCCAGGCUAGUCUGGCGGCGAGUCAAUGUUACCUUCUCAACAAGGAACAGACGCAGGGACUUCUCAAUCAGGCGCAGAGUCGCUCCCAGGCGAAUCUCAAUCACGUGACACGUCGAGGACUGCUUUCGAGAAUGCGCAGUCUCAAUCAGAUUCAGUCGCAGGCGUGUUUGGUGAGUGGAAAAACGGCCUCGCAGAAGGAGCAGAUGAAUCCGCUAUUUGGUAGCCGAUCACAGGAGAAACUUUAUGGAUUGAAAUGUCUGUCAAAGUCCCAGGGGGUCCUGGACAUCUGUAGGAGCCUCGAGUGCCUUCGCAAAUCCAGAAAGAUGAAGAAGAAGAAUCAGCGAUCGGUCACUGAAGACUUUCCGAUUUUCAGUAAACUAGGAUCCGACCCAUUGCCGACGUCGACUGGAGCGACUGACCCUUCCGAAGACCCCGCGAAGAUCCCUGAAAUUCCGAAGUCAGAACACGAUCGUCCAGAUGACAAGGAGAACGAGGUGAAGCACACAAAGCUGCCAACAGAAAAAACUCAGAAGCAAACGAUGUUGAAUGAGUCGAACGAAAAGAUCGUUCAAGUCAGCUUGAAAGACUCGACACCUGAGGCAGAGGAGAACCUCGACAGUCUGCAAUCAGUGGAGUCCGAUACUUUAACUGAGGACUCCGACGAGACUUCUCUGGACAAGAACAGACUUUCAGUGAGACAGCCGUCCCAUCGUCAACACUCUAACAUUUCCUCUCACUCGAACAACUCCGUGAAUUCCGACGAAAAGGACGAGCACUCGGACUUCGAGAAUGACGAGCCGAAGUAUUCCGUCGCUCAACUAGUCUCCGCCUUCAACAAGCAUCAAGAAGUAGCGUCUAAAACCAGCCUGGAAGCAAUUAUGAUCGAGAAACGAGUGAACGAGGUGACCUUUCCAACAGGUCCAAAAGCUUUGAGGCUUUUCAUACCAGAUAUCAACAUCACGGAGCGCGGAAUCGUCAGGAGGAAGACGAGUUACAAGCCGAGGAAGAACUGGGAGGAGUUGAGAAAGCAGAAUGAGAAAAAUGAGGGUCUGAUCAAGGACUUCGACAAUGACUCGGGCAACGAGGACGACGAGGAGUCGGAGAACAACGAGAGGAUUGAAAACAAGGGUCAGGAGGAUUUGUCAGCUACGGAGAUCAAGAUCGAAGAGAUCCACUGGUCGUCGGAGGGAUUCCCAGGUCGAGGGGAUGAGACACUCGAUAACAGGGACACCACCAUCGACGAGAAGUACAAGCACUGCGUUGACAUCGCCAAAUCUGGACAGAUAACGAAGGAAUUGGAGAACAAAGAAACUGCUGACAAAGUACAGAAAUCCAUGAGCACUCGAAUUCCGAGAUCAUCGUAUCAGAAGGAGCGACUGCCUAACUACAUAUAUCCGGAGAUGAUGAGCACUCGUGAGGAGCCAUCAAAGUUCACGAAAGCUCAGAAGGAUCAGGACAGCUCGGUGAACCUGAAGGACAUUCUUCAGAGAUCAGACGCCAGCCAAAACGCCCAAAAGGAGAAUCUUGAGAAACUGAGGAAGCGAACGUCGAUAACGAAGAUCAUUGUCAAUGACAAUUUGCCGGGUGACAAUGAUACGAAUAACAAUGGGGUGAACAGGGCGAAGAGCGAACCUCCGGUGGUGGUAGUGACUCAGUACAAGGGGGAGGAUAAAGUCGGGGGGAAUCCCUCGUUGACUAGAUCGAGUUCCUCGUCGAGUGAGAGAAGUUCGCCAACUCCUUCCAGUGGCCAGUCCGAUUUGUCGGGGAUUUCUUGGGAUAAGGAGGACUGCAAGGGCCAGAGGAAGGUGCUCACCAGCUGCGAGGGAUCCAGACAGCAGUCGGAUAAAUUGGAGACUAAAAAAGUGCCGUUGACGCCCGAGGAGAGAAGAAUAAGGGGGAAAGUCUGCACGGGUUCUUACACACGUGCAAUGGAGAAAUUCAGCAGCAAAAAUAGCGAACGAAAAUCCGGAAAUUUGUUGACACAGCAGACUGAUAAAACCAGGAGAAAGAGCAGUCCAAACAUGCCGCAAAAUGGAUCCUGAGUUGCAAUAUCCUUCAACAUGGAGAUCUCUCUUCAAAUUGAAUUCUUAUUUCUUCAUUAAGACUGAGCCGGUACCAUAUGCGCUUUUUAUAUAUAUAUUAUUCGAUUUUUUUAUACUUAUGGGCCCCGUGGGACAGACAGAUUGUCGACGUUGAGUCGGUGAUAUUUUCUGGAAAGCCUCGAUCUAGAUUCUCUCCCUUGAUUUAUUUCGUACGUUAUGUGUAACGUUUUAUGUCUCUAUUUUAGAAACCGGUUUUGCACGAGGAUUUUUUUAUCCCUUUGAUCUGACAAUUGAUUGAACUAUAACCAUCGCACGAUUGAUAAGAAUCGUGACAUGCACGGGAAAUAUUUCAUUGAGUAUCGCAGAUAAUUCAAUCGAAUUUUCGUGGAUUUCUGGAGAACUUCUGUUGAUAUUGACUUUUCUUUGCCAAUUUUACUAGAAAUUUUAUUUUUGAAAAUAUAUAGAAAUUUUAUCUUAUGGAAUGGUGUCUCCACGUGAAUUUUUCAAGCGCUUUUCACGUAAUUUUUCUCUUGCAGAAAUUCAAUAGAAGUUCCUAGCGAAUCCACCAGAUACGUCUCUGAAUUUUUCUUUGGGUGCAUGAGACCACCUCGCUAUCAAGUUUUUUUAUUUUGCCCAAUUUUUUGUUUAAGUUUUAAGCAAAUUCGUUUGUCACAGUUGUAGCGUAUCUGCACGAGACCAGGUUUUUCACUCUCGUGAAUUGAAUCUUCCCCCGAGUGAUUCAAUUGACACAUAAUGAAAAAUUAGUGGAGCAUAUCUGGCGUCUCCACAAAACGUGGGAUGCAUUCUUUGUGCUGAUUAACAUAGCCUUGAAUAUGCUCCAUCACGUGUAAGGAAACAGCAAGGUAAUCCCUUGGCAGACUAUUGUACACGUGUGUGCACAAUCAACUCAAUCUUUCCGGCAUCUGAAAAUGAUUAAUGAUCACAAGCACAAUGAACACCAGUGAACAACGUUUUGCGGAUAAUUUUAUGAUUUUCAUUAUUCAUGAAAUAAUUCUGUAGUUUAAUGGUGAAUUUUUAUUUUUUUUUUUGGUGUGGAGAAAUUACGUGUUAUUUCGAUAAGUGGUCUAUUAUGAAUUUAUGGCUUUGACUUAUUACGAGUGUUAUAGCAAAUGCAUGACAUAAAAUUAUUCAAAUUCAUGAUUUAUCGAUUUAUUUGGUGUUAUUACCUUCUGAUUGACUAAAACAUUAACUUCGCGAAGAUCACCUUCGAUUUAUUCAGCUGGAAAAAUAGCGGUGCCCUGAAUGAUUUGCUAAUGAUUUCCCAUUGCCUCGUUCUCAAGUUUUUUUUUAUUCAGUGAAUUUUUCCAAAUUUCCCGGAUAAUGAUAAAUCUAUACUAAAUCAUUUAUUGGAUGCUAUUCUCCUGUAUUUUGUAGAUACGUUCAUUAACCCGGUUCAACAAUUUAUUAUUAACAUUCUUUGAAUUUUAAAGACGAAUUCUCCUUAAUUAUCAUUCAUGACAAUUAUCCUUGGUCAUUAAUACGUGAGGUCUUGCAUGUAAAUAGUAUUAAUUACAGUGUAAUAAUUAUGUACUGAUUCAAUAAAAAUUUAUCUUUCGGAGGA